GUCGUUUCGUGUCGCCGCGGGCGCGUGCAAUCUCGUCAGCAAUGGUGCCGCCUGCCGCCAACGGCGCCGGCGGCGAUGUCGUCCUCGAGCUCAGCCCUUCCGGCGACGACAGCUGGAAGCAUCUGCAACAGCAGGAGGAGGGCGACGGCGACGGCGACGACGGCUCCCCGCGCCGGACGUCCAGCUUCGGCCAGGCUUACAAGGCGCGGCACCGGCAACCUCAGAUGUUCACGGUGUGGCAGACGCUGCUGCUGGGGUACCAGUCGCUGGGCAUCGUCUACGGCGACCUCGGGACGUCGCCGCUCUACGUGUUCCCGUCCGUCGUCCUCCCCGACGCCGACGCGGCGGACCUCGUCGGCAUCCUCAGCCUCAUCAUCUGGACGCUCACCCUCAUGAGCCUCGUCAAGUACGCCCUCAUCGUCCUCAAGGCCGACGACCAUGGCGAAGGUGGCACCUUCGCGCUGUACUCGCUGCUGCGGCAGCACGUGAAUUUCAGGGGGAACAUACCGGUGCCGCUCACCCGGCUGGCGUCCGACGUCCAUCUCAAGUUCCACAGCAAGAGGAGAGACCGGCCGUCAUGGCUGCACCUGUUCCUGGAGAACAGCACCAAGGCGCAGGUGACCCUCACCUUCAUCGUGCUGGUCGGCACCUGCAUGCUCAUCGGCGACGGCGCCCUCACUCCGGCCAUCUCAGUUCUUUCGGCCGUGCAAGGAAUCCAGUCAAGAUCUUCGCACAUCAAACAAGAGCACGUCGUGGUGCUGAGCUCCCUGAUCCUGGUGGUCCUCUUCCUCGUCCAGCGGUUCGGCACCGGCAGGGUCAGCUCCUCCUUCUCGCCGAUCAUGCUGGUGUGGUUCGCGUCCAUCGCGGCGACCGGCGUCUACAACGUCGCCGUCUACUACCCGCCGGUCCUGAAGGCCUUCUCGCCGCACUACAUCUACCUCUACUUCGCCAAGAACGGGCGAGCCGGGUGGGAGCAGCUCGGUGCAGUUAUUCUCUGCAUCACAGGUGCUGAGGCCAUGUUUGCUGAUAUGGGACACUUCAACAAGUCGUCGAUUCAGGUCGCAUUCUCGACGGUGGUGUACCCGUCCCUGAUCCUGGCAUACUCCGGGCAGGCGGCGUACCUGGUGAAGCACCCCGGCGACAUGAGCACGGCGUUCUACAGCAGCGUCCCCCGGCCGCUGUUCUGGCCGAUGUUCGUCGUGGCCACCCUGGCCGCCAUCGUCGCCAGCCAGUCGCUCGUCUCCGCCAGCUUCUCCAUCAUCCGCCAGUCCAUCGCCCUGGGCUGCUUCCCGAGGGCCACGGUGAGGCACACCUCCGACGAGCACGAGGGCCAGGUGUACUGCCCGGAGAUCAACUACUUCCUGAUGCUCGUCUGCCUCCUCAUCACCGUCGGCUUCCAGGGUGGCCCGGAGAUCGGCCGCGCUUUCGGCGUGGCAGUGAUCUGGGUGAUGCUUCUGACGACGAUGCUGAUGACGGUGGUGAUGAUCGUGAUCUGGGAGGUGAACGGCGCCCUGGCCGGCGCGUUCUUCGUCUUCUACCUGGCGAUCGAGGGCACGUACAUGAGCUCGCUGAUGACCAAGGUGCCGCAGGGCGGGUGGGUGCCGUUCGCCAUCACCGCCUUCUUCCUCGCCAUCACGCUGUCGUGGACGUACGGCCGCAAGAAGAAGCGCGAGUACGAGGCGCGCAACGCCGUCGGCGAGGAGGAGCUCGCCGGCAUCGUGUCCCGGAGCGCCCGCGUCCCGGGGGUCUGCUUCUUCUGCACCGACCUGAUGGACGGCGUCCCGCCGAUCGUGCGCCACUACGCCGCCAACACGGGCUCCCUCCGCCAGCUGCUGCUGUUCGUCACGUUCCGCACGCUGCCGGUGACGACGGUGCUCGCCGGCGAGCGGUUCCUGGUGGCGCGGGAGCCCGGCCGCGCCGGGGUGUACCGGUGCAUCGUCCAGUACGGGUACAUGGACGAGCGCGACAUGGUGGGCGACGACUUCGUCCGCGCCGCCAUCGCCGCGCUGGGCGAGGUGGCCGAGUCCGCCGAGGAGGCCGCGGCCAUGGAGCUGGCUCCGGCGAGCGGCGUCAGCUACGUGCUCGGGAGGACGGUGCUGAGCAUGCGCAGGGCGAGGCGCAACUGGUUCAGGCGCUUCGUCAUCAACGAGGUCUACAGGUUCUUGCAGAAGAACUUUAGGUCAAACGUCUCCACGCUCCGGAUCGACCAUGCCAAGACCUUGCAGGUCGGAAUGAUCUAUGAGAUCUGAGUUACACCAUAAUAUAAAUUAGACAAAAACUACGGUACGGUAUUCCUCUGCCCGCCCAUCUCUGCACGGACAUUCCGUUCGGAGGGAAUAUCAUCCUGUAGCAAUUCUCAAUAUAUUAUUACUCCAUAUGAUAUUACUCCAUAUGAUAUUACUCCAUAUGAUAAGGAGAUUGCUCAUGGAUCUUGCUGGAGUACUAGUUUGCGUUUUUUUUUUUUUGGCUUGUAACAAGACUAGUUUUUUUUUACUGGCAGAUUGGAUUUUCAUGUUUUUUGUUUUCUGAUUAUGGAAUAGUAUAAUCCAACCUAACAUAUAUGUAUAUAUCCGGCCAGCUUAUAUGUUUGAGAAAAUUACUCUAA